AUGUCGGGGAGUAACAAGACGAGCGUAGCGUCGCGGUUUGUGUCGCAGAGCGAUCUGGACGCGGCGCGUUCCAGCAAAGGGUCCUCUUCGUCCACAGCGGAAGAGUACGAUCCACGGUCGCUUUUCGAGCGGCUGCAGGCACACAAGGAGGCGAAGGACCAGGCGCACGACGAGAAGUACAAGCUCUCGAACCAGUUCCGUGGGAUCGACGAGAGCGAGUCCGAGUUUCUUGCACAGGUCGAGCACGCCCGCAAGGCCGAACUGCGCGAAAAGGAGCGCAGGGAGCGCGAGGAGCUGCAGGCGUUCCGGGCCGCCAAGGUGACCGCUGGAGGCGACCGCAAAGAUGCGGUGGAUAAAGAAGAGAGCAAGACGCUGCUGACGACCGAAGGCAGGAAGGAGAAGGAGCAGGAGCAGGAGAAGGAGAAGGAGAAGGAGGGAGGCAGUACAGCAGCAGCGGUUGCGCCUAGUUCGAGGAAGAAGAGGAAAGCUAACUCGUCAGCGCUCUUGGGCGUCGUCAAGAAGAAGCCCGCCAACAAUACUACGACCAAAUCAGCAUCUGCCUCUUCAGCUGCAACGGCGCCAGCAAGCAAUCCAUCGACAUCUGACUCAAAAGCCGCUUGA